UCCCUCGUGAAGACUGCUUUGUAUAUUUUGGUUGUCUGAUUUUCAUUGCCCUUGCAGCGUCACUAAGGAACUAAAGGAGCAAAUAAGCAUGAGCUGAGUUUACACUACUUCAGCUGACAUGAAAGCCUGGAAAUUCUGUCUCUUCUUCACCUUUCUGCUUCAAAGUUCAACACUCGGAGAGGACACAGUGGCAGAAGACAUUGGUGUCCAUCAGCUGGAGCGUCUAGUGGAGUUGCUGACAUCUAAAGAGUGUGAGGACCUUCUGUUCGCCCUCUCUCACCCAGAGGAGAACAUCUUCCAGCAUCUUGAGCGCCUCUCACCAGAGAAAAAUCAGCUAGAUCUCAAGCCUCGAGCCAAGAGAGAUACCUCUGCUGCCGUGGAUAGUGAGGCACAGUGCCGGACGGCCCUGACAGACUGGCUGCUGAGGAAUGGCGAGCAGACCUACUACGACAGGCUUUCUCGCGCCUUGCAGCACAUCGGCAGAACAGACAUCGCCAUUGAAGUCGGGAAGAACAUCAACCAGGACAAAGCCUUGAACCUGAAACGCUACGUUGACGGUUAUCACAAAUACGUGAGCUCUUUAAACUUCCCUUCAGUCCAAUCAGAUGCAAAACACCACGAGCAUGCACGGAAGAGGGUCCGAAAAAUAAAAGUGAGGGAUCUGACAUGGCGUGACCUGGAUCUGAUUGUGGAGCGGGCUCCUGUCCCUCCGUACGAGAAAGGCCCCCUGGAUGUGGCUCUGCCUCUCUUGUAUGGCAUCCUGGUGGGCUUCGGAGGCACCUUGCUUGCAGGCAUUUUUAUCCUCCUCGUCAUCAUCCGCAUCUCCCGCAGAAACCAGCAGAGCCGUCACCCCAGGGUCACUGGCGGUUCCAGCUGUAAGCUCAUGGUUGGAGAUACGAUGUAGGAAGAUGCAGCCUCUGG